UUUGUUCUUAAAUAUCUUCAUAUUUUUAUAUUCAGUUACGUUACUGUGAUACUGUGAGGUGAAGCAAUAAAAUGUGUGUGUGUGUGUGUGUGUGUGUAAUGACUUUAUUGCAGGAUUAGUGCCGUGUGAUGGACGGAGCGAGUGUCUUCAUCACCAUUCAGAAGGUGUACUAUCCGCUGCUGUGCAUUCUGGGUAUUCCAGCGAACCUCUUCACCUUCUACAUGCUGUGCUGGCGAGUGUGUGGGAUGUCGGACUCAGCCCGUGUGUACCUGAGCUUUCUGGCGGUGGUGGACACGUGCUACCUGCUGUGGGUGACACUGCUGGACCUGAGCCUGGUGUUCCUGCAGCCACAGCCAUUCUGGCACGCUCACCCUUGGUGCGGCGUCAUCAACUUCCUGCAGUUCGGAACGUUCUACGCCUCGGCCUGGCUGGUGGUGGCCUUCACCAUCGAGCGCUACCUGGUGUUCAGAGUGAUGGUGAUCCCACAGCGCCACCUGCAGGUCAGACACGCCCUCCUCACCUGCACCUCCAUCAUCCUUCUCUCACACCUGGCCUCCAUCCCUCUCAGCUGGAUCAACACCGUGGUGCAGGUGAACCUGACCCGGAAUGGACAGACAGUCACGGUUCCGCGGUGUCUUUAUCGAGACGCCUUCUACUCCACGGUGGUGGUCUGGGUGACGUCUUUCCUGUCCAGCGGAGUUCCCAUCCUGCUGGUCAUCAUCUUUAACUCUCUGAUCGCAUACCAGCUGCUCGGCUCCGGUCGUCUCUUCACUAAAGAGGAGCGCCGGACCAUCCGGGCCUCCCGGACCCGAGGUUCCGCCCGCAGGACGCUGCUGCUGCUUGGGAUCGUCUCGGCGGCAUUCGUGGUUCUCGGCUUGCCACGUUUCAUCACCUACUGCAUCCUGCGCACUAAACACAACCACAAAGACUUCAACCGAGACGACUACACCAUCGCCAUCAAUGUGGUGGGGGACAUAGCCAACAUGCUGCACAACCUCAACUCCGGCACCAACUUCCUGCUCUACUGCGUGGUGAGUCGCAGGUUCCGGCAUGAGAUCGUCAACACCUUCCGCUGCCGAGUCCGAGGCCGAGAACUGGGUUCCUUCUUCACGCAGACCACCAUGAAGGUCUUCUCCGUGGCUGAGCGCAGAGAUGCAGCAGGACGAGACCCCGUGUCCGUCGUUCUAACCAAACUGAAACGCUUGGAGACUCCGGCGGUGCCAAGCAGUGGGAACUCUGCCGCGUUCUGGACCCUGAGACACUUCUGA